UUUUUCCCCUUAGCCGCAGCGCCACCUGUAGACAGUCGAGCUGUUAGAAUGGUAUGCUGCACCUCUCUCAUUCCACUGGUAUGCAUCAUGGGGAAGUCAGUUUGUCUCUGUAAAACUCUGUGGAAGGUGGAAUACGACAGACAAGACGACUGAAAUCUGAUAUAAAAUUAGCCUGCAUUAAAUGUCCUAUGGCUGUUUCAGAGCAUGUUUCUGUGCUUAAAAUGAUAUGUUAUAAUAUAGGUGGUGGCCUUUGUAAAUUAGGCUGGUGGUGGAUGUAUGUAUGUGGAUGUAUUAUGUAUGUACAGUAUAUGUGAUUUUCCAUAUUACACAUGGAUUACACUGGUAGGCUGCAACACUGAAUCAAGUCGUUGACAGUGAAAAAUGGCUCUCCGAUACUUACAUACUGGGGAUAAAAUAUUGGAAUAUAUUUACUAUACUAUGUUUUCCACAUGGUUGUAAUCCCUCUGUUAUUCCAUUUAUGAUUUCAUUUUUUAUAUAUACAGCAUAUAUUGUAAUUUCUGAUAUUAUGCAUGCAGUUCAAAGACAAGUUCAGUGUGUUUCCUUUGAUUUGAAUACAGUGUGUCAUAUGUUAGCAGGUGAUGGACUGGUUAAUAAAGCUUUAAUUUGUUUUUAAAAAUCAGAUAUCUAUCUCAUGAUGUAUUGUGGACAGAGAUAUGUGAUGGUGAGGGAACAGAUUUCAUAACAGGACAAAACAAAUCUUCACAAAUCCUCAAUGUCACUUUCAUGUGGCGCACAAAGGUUAAACAUGAAGAUUCAGGAUACCACUGAACAGUGGGUGUAGGCCUACUGGAAGAGAGUUUUGAGCAAGUUGAGCAAGUGCCUUCCAGGAAGUGUUUCACCCAAAGAGCUAGGGGUGUUCAGACGUCUCAGUAUGACUCAGCUACCAGUUUUUUUAUGCUAAUCAAGUUGGAACAUGGGUUAAUAGGCCAACAGUGCUCUAUGCCAAACAUAUUUUUGUAUAGGCCUACAUACAGUAAAUCUGUCCUGUUAGACCAACACUACCAAGCAUAGCAUACAGUAUGUGAAGUGGCUUUUGUUUUACACAGCUUGGAUAAUCUAUGUAUUGUCUGUUCUGGUAUAGUGCCCUGUCACGAUUGCAUGUUGGAACCUUAAUUCUGUCACACAUCAGGAUAUUCCACAUUCUACGUACUCUCAUAGAGUCACAUGACCAGAGCAGAGAGGGUUUAUUAGCUCGUUGGUUUCGACCACAAAUGAAAGUAAGACUGUAAGGUACAUCGUUGCCAUUUUGGUCUUGGACAUCUUAUCGGGCAGUUGAGGAAAAAUGGCAGUGAUGAUGUUAAGGAAACAAGAUCUUUUCACGUGUUCUAUUUGCUUGGGUCUACUGAAAGAUCCAGUGACUCUCAGCUGUGGACACAAUUACUGUUCAGGCUGCAUUAACAGCCAUUGGGACGGGGAAGACCAGAAGAGAGUGUAUAGCUGUCCACAGUGUAGACAGACGUUCAUUUCAAGGCCAGUUCUAAACAAGAAUAAUGUGAUUGCCGAACUUGUGGAAGAGAUUAGGAAGACUACAAUGCAAGCUGAUGUUCUUGCUGACCAUGGAGAUGUGCAGUGUGAUGUUUGCUCUGAGACAAAACUCAAGGCUGUGAAGUCCUGUCUGGAUUGUCUGUUGUCAUACUGUGAAACACACUUUCAAGUUCACAAUGAUCUUAACAGGGGGAGAAAUCACACAGUAAUCGACGCCACUGGUCAGCUCGAGGAAAGGAUUUGCUCUCGUCAUAACAAGGCUCUUGAAGUGUUUUGUCAUACUGAUCACAGUCUUGUCUGCUAUCUGUGCAUGAUUGACCUAGAUAAAAGCCAUGACACAAAGGGCAGUCAUGGGUGAGCGGUUAGGGUGUCAGACUUGCAUCCCAGAGGUUGCCGGUUCGACUCCCGACCCGCCAGGUUGGUGGGGGGAGUAAUCAACCAGUGCUCUCCCCCAUCCUCCUCCAUGACUGAGGUACCCUGAGCAUGGUACCGUCCCACCGCACUG